AUGCAGCAAGAAAUGAGGCCUGUUGAGGAGCUGCUGACGGAGACGAAGGAGCGAUUGGAUGCGACAGAAGAAGAACGAGAUCGAGUUGUUGAUGAGCUUCUGGAGAUGAAAAGGUUGGCUCAAGAUGCCAAUAUGAUGCUUAGUGAAAAACAACUGUCUUCUAGGAAGGUUGCAGAUUUAUAUACAGAGAUCAAUUUGUUAAAUGAAUCAUUGAGUGAAGAAUUGACAAUCAAAGACAAGCAUAUUGAGUCAUUAAAAGUUGAACUUGGAAAGGAAAAGAGAGAAUUGGAGGCAAAAUUGGUUCAGAAAGAUGCCUCACUGGUUGAAUUAAGAUCAUCAUUGAGUACUUUGAAAUCGUCUGAGGCUCAUGCUAUGACUUUGUUGUCUGAAAGCAAGAAAAGGUUUCAGGAAUUGCAGGCGGAGAUCGAAAAAGGGAAGGAAUCAGAAAAAAAGAUGCUUGAUUCCUUUGUUGCACAAACCAAACAGCUUGAGCAAACAAAGAUUGCGCUUGAAGAAUCAAAGCUUCAAAUGGACUCUCUUCACAAGACGGUCAAGGAACCAGAAGUUUCAUCUAGGAAAGGAGGUCUUAAUGCAUCUAAAGAUUGCCUUGAGGAUUCAAAAGGAACAUUAGAUAUUCUCAAGUCUGAACUUCAAUCAGCAAAAGAGAAUGAAAGGGUUUCUUCGUUGAAGGUCAAUAGUCUUCUUGAGGACCUGAGGAUGGUGAAGACUGAACUGAAGUUGGCUACUGAGGCAGAAGAGACCAACAAGAAGGCUAUGGAUGGUUUAGCAUUAGCCCUGAAAGAAGUCACCUCAGAGUCCAUUCAGGUGAAAGAGACGCUCGCCUCAACCCAAGCAGAGCUUGAAGACACAAAAGCGGAGGCAGAACAAUUGAAGUUGAAGCUGAAAAGCAUCGAGGACGAGUACAAAGUUCAAUUCGAUGGGCUGAAGAAAGUAGCUGAGCUUUACAAAAACACAGUAGAUAGAUUGAGAUCAGAAGCUGAAGAGUCCCUUUUGGCAUGGAGUGGGAAAGAAACUUGCUUUGUGGGUGUUAUCAGGAGAGCAGAAGAUGAAAGGGAUCUUGCACAACAAGAGAAUCUUAAGCUGCUUGAGUCCCUUAGAAUAUCCGAGAACAUGACCAAGACAGCAAAGCAAGAGAAUGCCCGGUUGCGCGAUGUACUUAAACAGGCCUUGAAUGAAGCUAAUGUUGCAAAAGAAGCAGCUGGGAUUGCAAGAGCAGAAAACUCUCAGCUUCAGGAUGCCUUGCAAGAGAAGGAAGAAGCAUUAGAUUUUAUAAACAGAGAGAAUGAGAACCUGAAAAUGAAUGAAGCUGCAGCUCUUGAAAGCAUCAAGGAGUUGAAGCGGUUGCUCUAUGAAGCAUCAGCAAAAGAUGAUAAAGAACAAGGAAACAAAUUAAAGAUGCAAAAUUCAAUGGAUAAGGAGUACCAUAGCAAAAAACUGCUAGAUGCUUUUGGUUUCAAUCUCAAGGAGCUGAAAAUCGCGAAUAAACAUGAGGGAGAAGAGAAGGAUGAAGAUGAAGAUGAAGAUGAAGAUGAAAAAACUCUAAAUAAAAACAGUGAUGAUAAUGACUCUGCUAACGUUGACGACCAUCUUUCAGGAUCAAUAUUUGACAUAUAUACACCAGGAUCAGCUACGCAUCACCGCAAAAAUUCUUCAGCUUUUACGGAUGAAGGAAGUGGUACAUUUUCAGAUACUCAACUUGAGCAUAUAGAUGGGACACGUGGUGAUGAUUUAGAGGUCGAGGUCGAUAAAAGCACAAGAAAAAAGAAAGCUUUGAUUCGGAAAUUUGGGGACUUGUUAAUGAGACGAAGUUAUCACAAAAAAGAACCAUCAUAAUCAGAAAUAAAAAAAGAACCCCAA